UCCUCUCUCUCCACUGAUGAGACUGCUCUCUGCUUGCUGGACUCCAGUCUGUCUGUCUGUCUCUCUCUCUCUCUCUCUCUGUCCAAAUUUGGGAUCUCUAUCUAUCUUUUCUACUGGUAUAGUAGUAGUAGUAGUAGUAGUGAAUCUUAUUAGAUAGAUAGAGAAUACUAGAAUUGAUGGGUUCGAAGCCGUUGUUCUACCCGGCUCCGACCUAUCUGACUUUAGAGACCUAUUGGGACUCCGACGACGACUCCCCUGGUCCCCGCUGCGCCCACACUCUCACCUCCGUCGCCGCCACCUCCUCUCACGGCCCCCGACUCAUCCUCUUCGGCGGCGCCACCGCCAUCGAGGGCGGCCCCUCCCCCUCCGCCCCCGGCAUCCGGUUAUCUGGUGUGACGAACUCCGUUCAUUCCUAUGAUGUUCUCACCAGGAAAUGGACCAGACUCCGACCGGCUGGUGAGCCGCCUUCUCCUAGGGCAGCGCAUGCGGCAGCUGCUGUCGGCACUAUGGUUGUGUUUCAGGGCGGCAUAGGUCCUGCUGGGCAUUCGAGUGAUGAUCCCUAUGUGCUUGACUUGACCAAUGACAAAUUCAGGUGGCAUAGGGUUGUAGUUCAUGGACAGGGUCCGGGCCCUCGAUAUGGCCAUGUGAUGGACUUGGUUGCCCAAAGAUAUCUUGUUACUGUCAGUGGCAAUGACGGAAAAAGAGCGUUGUCGGAUGCUUGGGCUCUGGAUACUGCUCAGAAGCCAUACGCAUGGCAGAGGCUUAAUCCAGAUGGUGAUAGACCUUCUGCUAGAAUGUAUGCAACAGCUAGUGCCCGCUCAGAUGGCAUGUUUUUGCUAUGUGGGGGAAGAGAUGCCUCAGGCACGCCAUUGGCAGAUGCUUAUGGGCUGCUCAUGCAUCGGAAUGGUCAGUGGGAGUGGACUCUUGCACCCGGGGUGUCUCCUUCACCAAGAUAUCAACAUGCUGCGGUCUUUGUUGGUGCUAGAUUGCAUGUUACAGGAGGUGUUCUUAGAGGAGGACGUGCAGUUGAAGGGGAAGCUGCCAUUGCAGUAUUGGACACUGCUGCUGGAGUUUGGUUGGAUAGAAAUGGGCUGGUGACUUCCUCACGAACAAACAAGGGACACACCGAACAUGAUCCUUCUUUGGAGAUUAUGCGUCGUUGUCGGCAUGCAGCUGCAUCUGUUGGGGUUCGGAUAUAUAUUUAUGGCGGUCUCAAAGGAGAUAUGGUGUUAGAUGAUUUCUUGGUUGCGGAAAACCCACCUUUUCAGUCUGACAAUAAUUCUCCUGUACUAACAUCUGAGAGGGCUGCAACUGUGACAAGUCCCAGAACAAACUAUUUCAGUUUAAAUUCAUUCAGCCCAAGUUUGGAUGGCAGACCUGAGAGUCCCACCUCCAGUGGCAAAAGCAUGGACAAGGAAUCUAUGGAGAAACUAGCUGAGGCUUCUGCCGCCGAGGCUGAGGCUGCUACUGCCGUCUGGCAAGCUGUGCAGGCAGCCUCUGCCACUCCAGAAGAAACACCUGUAUCAGAUGACAACUCACAAGUUGCAGAGACUACUUCAGAGGGUAGUGACACUGAGGCAGACGUUCGCCUUCACCCUAGAGCUGUUGUAGUUGCUAAAGAGGCAGUGGGGAACCUGGGUUUGAUGGUAAGGCAGUUAUCCUUGGAUCAAUUUGAAAAUGAGAGUAGACGAAUGGUUCCCUUGCAUAAUGACCAGUCAUAUCCUGCCAAAAAGAUUACCAGGCAGAAGUCUCCCCAAGGCUUGCAUAAGAAGAUAAUUUCUACAUUGCUUAGGCCUCGGAAUUGGAAAGCUCCUGCUAAUAGGAGGUUUUUUCUGGAUUCUUAUGAAGUGGGUGAGCUAUGCUAUGCUGCUGAACAGAUCUUUAUGCAGGAGACUACAGUUCUUCAAUUAAAAGCUCCCAUCAAAGUGUUUGGUGAUCUUCAUGGACAGUUUGGUGAUUUAAUGCGGCUAUUUGAUGAAUAUGGAUUUCCUUCCACUGCUGGAGACAUAACGUAUAUUGACUAUUUGUUUCUUGGUGAUUAUGUCGAUCGAGGACAGCACAGCUUGGAGACCAUCACCUUGCUCCUUGCACUAAAGAUUGAGUAUCCUGAGAAUGUUUUUUUGAUACGGGGGAAUCAUGAGGCUGCUGACAUAAAUGCACUCUUUGGUUUUCGUCUUGAAUGCAUUGAGAGAAUGGGAGAGAAUGAUGGGAUCUGGGCAUGGACACGAUUCAAUCAACUUUUUAACUAUCUUCCUCUGGCUGCACUCAUUGAGAAAAAAAUUAUCUGUAUGCAUGGUGGCAUAGGGAGGUCCAUACAUUCGGUAGAACAGAUAGAGAAACUUGAAAGACCCAUAACAAUGGAUGCUGGAUCUAUAAUCUUAAUGGAUCUUCUAUGGUCUGAUCCCACAGAAAAUGAUAGUGUGGAGGGUUUGAGACCAAAUGCUAGAGGUCCUGGUCUUGUCACUUUCGGGCCUGAUCGAGUCACAGAUUUCUGUAAGAAAAACAAAUUGCAACUCAUUAUAAGAGCCCACGAAUGCGUUAUGGAUGGGUUUGAACGAUUUGCUCAGGGGCAGUUGAUCACUCUCUUUUCUGCAACAAACUAUUGUGGGACUGCCAACAACGCUGGGGCAAUUUUGGUAGUUGGCAGAGGAUUAGUUAUCGUGCCAAAAUUGAUUCAUCCGUUGCCACCUCCCCUUCAGUCCCCAGAGACAUCUCCAGAGCGUGCCAUAGAUGAUACAUGGAUGCAGGAGCUUAACAUUCAAAGACCGCCAACUCCUACCAGAGGUCGCCCACAGCCUGAUCUUGACCGGAACUCACUCGCAUAUAUCUGAAUUCCGUGUGAUAUAUUUGUUCAUUUACAAUGCCUAAACAGGGGGAUCCCUAGGUUUGAAAAGUGCAUGAUCACAGCCCAGGUGUGCAUCAAUUGGGAGAUCCACCAUCAUUCGCAUGAUAGCAGCCAGUGUUGUGUUGUAUUUUCAUAGAUACCGAGUUUCAUAGGAGGCUUGUCUAGUCUACACAUAAUUUGAGGAUAGCAGAAAAGUAGUAGUUAGCAGAUGCAUGGUGAUUGUACCUCCCCAGAUUGUUUUUAUUUGUACAAUUUAAGCGAGUGUGUGGGCAAGUUUGAUGCCCGGGGAAGUUGGUCGUCUUUGGUUUUGUGUAUUGUAAUGUAAAUAUAUAUUAUUUAUAUACAUCUUUUUAAAUAGUGAUUACUUACAAUUUUUGAUGGGUAAUAAA